AUGCCAAGGGGCUACCGAGGUCUUCCUCCACCAUCAAAUGCUAGAAAAUCACCAAAUGAUCUAGAAAUGUGUCGAUGUGACAUUAAGCCCAACAAAAUCAACAAACGUACAUUUCGUUUUCGGAACGAUUGUUCUGUGGUACUCUACAGUAAAAAUAAGCAAGAUGGUGGUGGUAGUGGUAGCGGUGGCAGUGGUGGUGGUCGUAACAGAAGUUGUGGUGGUAGUGACAGUGAUGGUGAUAGUGAUAGUAGUGGUGGUAGUAGUUGUAGUAGUGGUGGUGGUCAUAGUAUUGGUAGUGGUAGUAGUGGUGGUAGUAGUAGUAGUAGUGGUUGUAGUGGUAGUAGUGAUUGUGAUAGUGGUAGUGGUUGUGGUCGUCGUAGCAUUGGUAUUGGUAGUAGUGGUGGUGGUAGUGUACCUAAGAUACCUUUUAAAGCAAACAUAAUAGAGAAAGGAGGUACAUUUGAAGAUUAA